AUGAACCAAGACAACUCAAACUACUCAACAACAGACUAUAAUCACAACAACUACUAUCCUCAUGGCUACAACAAUACGGCUAACUAUAGUCAAGAUAACACCAGUACAGAAAGUAAGCCUAAUAACUAACAGUAAAUCAGAAAAACCUUUUUAAACACACACUUACGUAUGUAAUAACAUAGUAAACAUAACCUACAUUUUACGUUUUUUAAAUGUAACACGCGAUGUUAUAGUCUUCAUUUGUAUUCAUGUUUUGGUAAUAUGUAUCAUAACAGAAAAAACAACAUUUGGCCACCUUUGCUUCUCUUACUCUUGGUUAUCAUCACACUUUUCGACUUUAGUCAUGUUUAUGAAAUGUACAAUUGACUUUGUUACAGUCAGUUGGAAAAGGAAUUUUAAGGCUUGGCAUUGGUUUAGGCUUACGUUAAGUCUAAAGCAAGGGCUAAUUUUAACUCUAAGGCUAACAUGUAAGGCUAGGUCUUAAGUCAGGGCUUAAGCUAGUACGUAAGCUAAGACGCUUAGGCUUGGGUUUAAACUCAAGCCCAGGCUUAGUUUCAGGCUAAGGGUCAGGCUUAGUCCCUGGCUUAGGCUCAAACACAGGCGCAAGCUCAGGCUCAGGCUUAGGCUUAAACUUAGGCUUAGGCUUAAGCUCAGGCUCAGGCUCAGGCUCAGGCUCAGACUCAGACUCAGACUCAGACUCAGACUCAGACUCAGGCUCAGGUUCAGGCUCAGGCUCAGGCUCAGGCUCAGACUCAGGCUCAGGCUCAGACUCAGGCUCAGACUCAGACUCAGACUCAGACUCAGGUUCAGGCUCAGGCUCAGGCUCAGGCUCAGACUCAGGCUCAGGCUCAGACUCAGGCUCAGACUCAGACUCAGACUCAGACUCAGACUCAGACUCAGACUCAGGCUCAGGUUCAGGCUCAGGCUCAGGCUCAGGUUCAAGCUUAG